UUUCUAACCUCCAAACCAGUGACAUUUUGUAAAAACAUUAACCAAGCGAGAAGAAAGCUGCUUAUUAACUUCAAAAAUAUAAUUUAAAAUAGCUUUAUAAUCCAAAAUGUUGCCGUUAUCGCUCCUCCGUACAGCGCAGAACCAUCCAAUGCUGGUAGAAUUAAAAAAUGGCGAAACUUAUAACGGCCAUUUAGUUAGUUGUGAUAACUGGAUGAAUAUUAACUUAAGAGAAGUUAUUUGUACGUCCAGAGAUGGUGACAAGUUCUGGAGGAUGCCCGAGUGCUAUAUCAGAGGCAGUACUAUCAAAUAUUUGCGUAUUCCGGACGAAGUUAUCGACAUGGUGAAGGAAGAGACCCAGGUCAAGUCCAGAAGCCGUAGUGAAGUCUCUAAAGGUCGAGGCGGUGGUCAGAACAUGAGGACAGGUCGUGGUGGCAAUCGAGGUGCCUUCGGUAAUCGUGGACGACCAGCACCCCUUGCCCGAGGCGGUGGUAAUCAAGGACGAAACCCACAGCAGAAUAAGAACAAGAAAUAGUUUUUUUGUAAUUGUAAUUCUCAUGAGACAUAUUUAAUUUACUUUUUGAAAGCUACAGUUGGUUAUAGACAAUAAACGGAACCCUAACAUCUAGCGCAUCGCAUAUAGGAGUUUAAUAGACUAUACUGUUCAAUCAAAUAAAGAACGGGUUGCAAAUUGAAAAUAUACAUCACAGAAAAAGUUUUCAAUCGGUGCAACUCACUCUCCUACACCCGUGUGUACAAUUGCGGCGAUGGGCACUCAACGCUCUCGUACACCCGUGUGUACAAGAAACGCGCGAGUGGUUAACCAUGAACUCCUUGCCGAAAUCAGUGUUUCUUGACAAAUGUAACUUGGUGUCUUCAAGUACCGAGUGAACAGGAUGCUCAUAGGUAGGUGUGCUCCAUUAUCGGUCACAUCAUCGCUUACCACCAGGCGAGAUGGUGGCCAAACGUCGUCCUAUCAAGUAUAAAAACUAAAACAUCAUUUUUAACUACCUUUUAUUUGGUCAGCCUGUAAUGAACUAUGUAAUAAAUCUGAUUUACACACACUUCUAAUUGUUGUAUCAUCAUGAAACUUUGCAAUUUUAUGUAGAUUACAUGAUAAUACAAUAUUGUGGUACCAUCACACUAAUUUGAUGAUGGAAUUGGAAGGUGGCUGAUGGAACUUUGGACUACCUACGAGUAAAUGAUAGCAGUUUGAACUCAUUAGAUACAGUACCAUCUUUGCCAUGAGGGUACUUGAGCCUGUGCCCAGAGCCGCCAUCCUCAGGGUCCCCGAAGGACCGAUAAUUUCUACGACGGACACUGAAUGGAGCAAAUCUUUGUGUAAUCCAUAAAUUGUUAUUUCGGGUCUGGAUGUCAUAGU